GCUAAGACCUCCUCCUUGCUCCAAGCCUCUAACGCUCUCCUCUCCCACGCUGUUAAUAAUUCUUCACACGCUUCUCUCUCCUCUCUCUCUCUCUCUCUCUCUCUCUCUCUCUGACUGUGUGCGUCUAAGGAAAAAAACCCAUUCAAGAAUGAUGUUCACAGAGGGAUUGGAUGAGUCUGCAAUAAGCUGGAUCAAACAGGGUUGUGAUGUUAAGAAAUCUGAGAAUAGAUCGCCCUUAAGUGAAAAUUACCCACUCCCUAAGUCCCCAUUAGCGUACAGUGGGUCACUACAUGAUUUGCCGCCCUUGAAAUUCUACUCGGGAUUCUUGGGAGUAUCUCCCACUGUUGUAGCUUUAAGCCCGGACAGAUAUGAAGAUGAGUAUGAAGACUAUGACAGCGAGAGCGUGGGUUCUGGCCCAGAGGAGACUGGUUUGCAUCACUUGGACGAAGAGAUGCUUAAUUUGAAGUCCGAAAUAGAAUCAAAUGGAGAAUUGGGCAUUAGACCUAAUUUGAUCAAAGGGGUUUCAAAGGAGAAUCUUCGGAUCGAAGUGCCCGGUAAUGGCCGGAGAUUCACUGAUGUUCAAUCUGUGUUUGGGGUUUCAAACAUCCUGCUAAGAGGGAAUACUCAACCCCGUAGUGCCUAUGCUACACCAAUAGGGAAGCUUGUUGAUGAGUUGGGAACCCCAAGUGCCCCUCCCGUUGUUGAUAUUGGAGGAGCACAACAAGCCGACCACUCUGAAGUUGCAGAUACAUCUAAUGGGAUGGCAGGAAUUGAAGAUGUUUUUACUGGUGAAAUGGAAAACUCAAAUGAUAGUAGUAUAGAAGGAUACCAUACUCAUGCUGGAACUUUCAGUGGGCAAGAUAAAGCAAAUGCAGGAGAGAUGGAAUCAAAGGCGUGUUUACAGCAAGCAAACACAGUUGAAGAACAUUCACCUCAUUAUGACACCAGCAACCAAAAUGCAUGGCAAGUUCUCCUGGCUUAUGAUGCUUGUAUUCGGCUAUGCCUGAAUGCAUGGGCGAGAGGUUGUAUUGAAGCACCUGAUUUUUUGCGCGAUGAAUGCAAGCUGCUUAGAAGUGCCUUUGGACUGCAGAAAUUUUUGUUGCAACCACGGCAUCGUCAGUCAACGCAAAGAAACAAUAUUAAAUCCACAGAACAAGCACUACCCGCAAAACUAAGAAAGGCAGUUGGAAAGAUUCGUGUAGAAGUGAAAAAGCUGAGAGUAUUACCACAGAGGAAGCUUAAGAGCGCAAAUUCAUUUCGUGGAGCAAUUUACCUGCAAGUGGGUGCAGACUAUGUCCGGCAUGUUUCAUCAGUAGUGAAGAACAGAAUCAGCUCUCUUAAACUACAUCAACUUGUAUUGACAUCUGAAGAGUCACUUGCAUGCUUAAUUCACCUGAGAAGUUCAACAGAAGAUACACAUAUUGAACCGGGUUCUUCUGUUUCCUUGAGGCCUGGAUCUGGGGACUACCAUGAUUUUUUUCCAGAGAACCAAGGUGAUGCUCUUAUGGUUGAAGUCCAGGAUUCUAAGAAAAAUGUCCUUGGUCUAGCUACAGUUCCAGUUGCAUCUAUGGUCGAUAACCUUCAUGAAAAGAUUCGGUGGUGGCCUGUUUAUCUUGAAGAUCAUGAGUGUGUUGGGAAAGUCCAGCUUUACAUUAAUAGUACAUUCACAAGUGAUGAGACGUCACAGUUAAAGAAUGGACCUGUUGUUGAGACUCUUGCAUAUGAUCUAUUGCUAGAGGCUGCAAUGCGUGCGGGACAGUUUUGUGCAAGAAACUUAGGGAUAGAUGAACACUGGAAAUGGUUACUGAGAGAAUUCUCAGAUUAUUAUGGAAUCUCAGAUUCAUAUACUAAACUGAGAUAUCUUUCGCAUGUGAUGGAUAUUGCCACUCCAACACAAGAUUGUUUGGAGCUUGUGCACGAGCUACUUCUUCCGGUCAUUAGGUCCAGAACUGAGAAAAGUUUAACUAGGAGAGAGAAAACCAUAUUGUUGGAUUGUGAAACACGUGUCGAGAGUCUCUUAGCGGAUGUGUUUCAGAACUACAAAACAUUAGAUGAAAGCUCUCCUACAGGGCUAGCAGACAUCUCAUCUUCUAUAGCAGACACUGCAGCACCAGCACUUGCCCCUGCAGUACAAAUCUACACACUUCUCCAUGAUUUGCCCAAGACUCUCAGACACUGCUUAAAAACUAUUUGCAGACAGCAGCUGCUAAGAGCUUAUGCUAAGGUAAAGAGCCUGGUCAUCAACAUAAGCAAUGAAAUUCAAGCAGAUAUCAAAAUCCACAAAGAGAAUAUACUACCAAGUUCCAUCGACCUAUCAAGCAUCACAACUGCUGUCUACAGCACAGAGUUGUGCAAGAGACUUAAAGCUUUUCUUGCUGCUUGUCCUCCUUCAAGUCCCAUGCAAUAUGUUAAUGAACUUUUGAUAGCAACUGCUGAUUUAGAAAGGAAUUUGGAGUUAUGGAAUGUUCGCAUGCUGCAAGGUGGUAUAGACUCACGAGGCCUGUACCAUGAUUAUAUAAUGGUUUGGGUGGAGGACCUGCAACUUAGUUUACUUGAACAUUGCAAGGCAGAGAAGGUGCCAUGGUCUGGAGUGAUUACAAAUUAUUCAACUUCACCAUUUGCUGAAGAACUCUUUGACAAGGUCAAACACAUGUUGCUUGAGUAUGAAGUAGUGAUUCAUCGGUGGCCUCAGUAUACACUGGUCUUGGAGGAUGCAGUUGCAAAUGUAGAGAGAGCAAUUAUAAAAUCACUGGAAAAACAGUAUAAUGAUAUAUUGACUCCCUUGAAGGGUAGUGUACAAAAAAGGCUUGGCAUGCAAGUUCAGAAAUUAGCGAGAAGACAGUCAACUGCUCUAUACUGCAUCCCAAGUCAGUUGGGAACUUUCUUGAAUACUUUGAAGAGAAUUCUUGAUGUUCUCCACUGUCAAGUGGAGGGAAUUCUCAAGCUAUGGGCAUCAUAUCUGCCGGAAAACGGAGAGAGGAAAACGACGUUUGGGGAGCAGCUAAAUGGAAUUAGUGUUAUGCUAAGGACAAAGUACAAGAACUAUUUGCAGGCAGUUGUGGUUAAGCUUGCAAGCAAUAUGCAAGCUAACAGGAGCACGCGGUUGCUAAGGAUCCUAGAGGAGACUAAAGAAACGGACGGAGAGGCUGAAAUCCGUGAAAGAAUGCAAAUUUUAAGAACACAGCUCUCAGAUUCCAUAUGCAACUUGCAGGAGGUCUUUACCAGCCGAAUAUUCAUUGCAAUCUGUCGCGGAUUCUGGGACAAAAUGGGUCAGAUUGUGUUGAAAUUUUUGGAGGGAAGAAAAGAGAAUAGAGUCUGGUAUAAUGGGGCAUAUCAUGCACUUGGGAUUUUGGACGACAUUUUUGCUUCACAGAUGCAGCGAUUGCAAGGAAAUACUCUGCAAGAGAAAGAUCUGGAGCCACCUCGCUCAAUAACUGAAGCUCGGUCUAUUCUUUGCAGAGACACAAGUAAUGGACCAGAAUCAUCAAACUACUUGUACUUCUGAAUGUUCAUUGGGUUGGCAUGUUGGAUUUAAGCUCUCUUCCUAUAUCCCACAUUCUCUUGUGUUCUCCAUUUAUUGAUUUUUUUUUUGUAUGUAAAAUGUAAGAUGCCUCCUAUUCUUUUGUACGUAUACAACUUUCAGUAAAUAAAGGAUAAAAGU